AUGAAUGCUCCAGACAGAUUCGAAUCCUUCUUGUUGGGUGAAGGAGAAUCCAAGUUACAAAUAGAACCAGAUACCAAGGCUCCCAACACUGUGGUCAUCACGUUUGAAAAAGAAGACCAUACCUUGGGUAACUUGAUCAAGUCUGAGUUGCUACACGACCCUAAGGUGCUUUUUGCCGCCUACAAGGUUGAACACCCAUUGUUUGCUAGAUUCAAAAUGAGAAUACAAACUGUGGAAGGGUACGAUCCAAAGGACGCUCUUAGGAAAGCAUGUAACUCCAUUAUUAAAAAACUGGGGAUAUUAAAAACCAACUUCGAAACAGAAUGGAACUUACAGACUUUGGCCUCUGAUGAUUAA